UCACUCAUCUUUCAACAAGCGCGGAUCGGCAAACGGUAAACGAACUGACGACGAAAAUAAAGUGCUGCUGCCGUGUGUGUGGUGGAAGCAGAGGGGAAAAUUUUUAAGUUUGGUUUUUCAGCCAGGAAAAAUCGUGUCGAAUUGCGUGCCGGGAGAAGACGCAGUAAUUCGCGGUGACCGCGUUUUGCGGGGGUGGAAGCAGGUCGCACCGAUUUUUGGCCAAUGACGUGAGAAGAAAAAAAAGCAAAGAUAGUGAGGUUCAGCGGGAGCAAAGCGGAACGACCUUCAGUGGGCAGAGUGUUUUUGUUGUCGUUGUUGCUUUUGUCCCUAAAUCGUCAUUGCUGGUGCAAGCAAGCAAGUGUCGGCCAAAACAGAAUUCCGGAGUUGGUUCCGGUGGAGGUUUGUGGAAGCUUGAGUAGAGUGGCGAAUUGCGUCUUUCGGAAAAACGAGUGUUCGACAAGUCGAAAUUUUAGUGUCCAGGUGUGAAAAGCUCGAUUCCGGGAAAAGGUCGGAGCAAAUCAGCAUCGAGGAAAAAUACCAAAUAAAUACUGUAAGGGAAGGCAGCAUCAGCAGCAGCGUUCAAGGUUCUUCCAAGGCAAUUGUCCCAAAAAGGGAAGGCGAUUCGCGACCAGCCUCUGAGGGGUGGCCCCGCGGGAGGAAGCGGUCAUCAGCAGCAGACGACGACGACGACAACUCUGGUAACUCAUCGUGGAACCGGCAUGGGACGGAACUUUGUGCUAACCUAGCUUUAAAUCCGGACAAGAAAUCCGGCGAAAUUGCGACCCGCAUCGACGGAGACUUUCGGCCACAGCUUCCGAGCCGGAACAACAGCAGCAGCGGCAAGGGCAAGAUUCGUUCCGGAACCGACGGCGAGGCCGACCAACGACGGUGUUGUUCCGGUCCGGGUGGCUGUACCGGGUGUUGCUGUUGUUGCUGCUGCGGCGGAUGCUGCCGGCGGAACGGCGGCCAAUCGACCCAGAACCAGCGCAGACGAAGACGAAGCACCGGAAGUGGCAACGGAGCGGCAGUUGCUGGUGAGUCGCGACAGGUGCGAAAGUCGCGCAGUGCCAGUAGCGGUGGAGGGGCAGGAGGGGCAGCAGCAGGUGGACGUGGGGCUAUGGAGACCACCCACCUGGUGACGGAGUUUAUCACGCACACCGGCGCCAACGCCCAGGACGCCGUCAGCUGUCUCAAGUCGUGGGAGUGGGAUCUGAAGAAGGCGCUCAUCGAUUAUAAUGAUACAUCAACAACCGAGUACUUUAACAACAAGAAAAACGACAAUGAGAUAUUAAUGAAAGCCGCCGCAAGUUCCUCCGCAUCACAAAUUCCGCCACUUUCCGCCAGCAAUAAGCGGAACGGCCUCGGCGGCAGCAGCGUCAGCUUGCACCGUCAGCAACCGAUCCAACAUCCGGUGGUCGGGCCACGUUCCAGCACCGGCAGCAGCAGCGGCGAUUACGGCGGAACAACGACGUCUACCGCGACCGCGACGACAACGUCCUCUUCCAGCCAUCACCACCACCACCUCCAGCAUCAUCCUUCUUCUGCGCAAUCGACGUCCUCAAACAGCCAUCACCAGAGCCACAACAAUCACCUGCCGUUGCACUAUCAUUACGGUGCCAACGGCAGUGCCAGCAACGGAACGACGACGACGACGAUGCUGCUGAAGCCCGCGCUCACCAAAACCGACUCGAUUGACAUUUUUGACUGCAAAAAGCUCGAACGGGGCAUCUCGCGGGCCACGGAAAAUGUGAACCUGGUGUCGCGCGCCCGCCAGGAGUUCGAGAUGGACUUUCACAGCCCGCUGUCCGGCUGCGCCGAGCAGAACGCCAAGAAUCUGAACUUUAUCGACACGCCGGACUACACGUUCACGCUGCCCGAUCUGACCAAGUACUCGGACGACUUUCGGAAAUUUCUCGAGAAGGAUCUGAUAGAGAGCUCGACACUCAACUCGCUGGAGGCGACGAACCGGCUGAACUGGUGGUACGACUCGGGCGUUUGUCGGAAGCUGUGGCCGCUCGCGACGACAGGUGACGGCAACUGCCUGCUGCACGCGGCAUCCCUGGCGAUGUGGGGCUUCCACGAUCGGCGGCUUACGUUGCGGCGGACGCUGCACGACAUCCUGUCGAAGGAGGAGUUCCGGGAUGCGUUGUACCGGAGGUGGCGCUUCCAGCAGACGCGACUGAAUCGGCAGGCCGGGUUUGUGUUCUGCGAGUCCGAGUGGGCCCGCGAGUGGGAGGAGAUUGUGGCGAUUGCGUCGCCCGAGCCGAGAAGGAACUCCAAAAGUGGUCAGCAGGGUUCGGGGGCGGGGGCGGCCUCCAGGAGGAGGUCGCUGUUGAUCGAGAAGAGUAUGGACGGUGGGGAGGGAGGGGAUGAGAAUGCCGCGACGUACGAGAGCUUGGAGGAGAUUCAUGUGCUGGCGUUGGCGCACAUUUUGAGGAGGACGAUUAUCGUGGUGUCGGAUGUGUUCUUGAGGGACAUGAACGGGGAGGCGUUUUCGCCGAUUCCGUUCGGUGGGGUGUAUCUGCCGUUUGAGGUGCCCUCGAACGAGUGCCAUAGAGCGCCGCUGUUGUUGGCGUACGACAUGGCGCACUUUUCGGCGCUGGUGGCGAUGGAGACGGCUGGGGAUUUUCCACCGGCAUUGAUUCCGCUGGUGGACGCCAGCAAUCAGCUGUUGCCGAUUCAGUUCUGCAUCGAUCCGGGCCGGGACUUUGACUGGCGGGAGUACGACGGGGCGGACGGGAACUGGGUGUUGACGGACCGGGAGCACGUGGCCCUGUUGAAGGAAUAUCUGGACAUUGUGUACGCCCCGGCGACGGCCGACAGUCCGGACGGGGAUCCGGACACGUACGACGACUACUCGGAUGAAGAGUACGAGAAGCGACUGGCAGAUGGGGAGUUUGUGUUCGCUGACGAGAACCACAACAGUGGGACGAACCUGGCUGCGAUGACCGCUUCGAAUCAGUCGCUGCCACCGACGUCGUCGAGCGGGAAGAGCAAGGCCGCCAAGCAGCUGCAGAGUGUGGCGAAGCAGUUCGGAAGCAUCGGCAAGAGCAUGAGCAAAAAGUUGAAGAAGAACAUCGGAUCGAUCACGCGGAUCGGGAGUAAAAGUGGGUCGCACAAGAAGCCCAACGUUACGGCGAACAAGGACCGAGAAUACCCCAAAUUUAGAAUCCUGUGCGCCACGCUGAAGGCACGCCGUCACGAGUACCAAGAGGAGAUGAUCAAGAACUACCUGGAGUGCGCCCAGGAACGAUAUCUAGAACUGGAGCGCUCCAAGGAACGUCGCGAGCUCGACAAACUCAGCAAAUACGUCGACUCCGGCCACGACAUGACCGAUUACGGCUCCGAACCACCCACAACCGACCUGGUCAACUGCAUCAACGCGGGUUGCCUCAACUACGGCACCGUCGCUACCAGCUACAUGUGCUUGGAGUGCUACGAAACGCAAAAGAAGCGCGAAACCAUCAACGUCACCGACUUCACGCCCCGCUACGGCACCGGCAAGUCCAAGUUCUACGCCCAAGCCGACAUGGAGUCGCACGACCGCAUCCAGCGGCUCCCCAGCGUGCGCCGGCUUAACGAGCUCGACCAAACCCUCUACCUGUCCCACUCGACCUUCUACAACGACCAGCGCGCCGCCAUGAUCAGCAACGCCCAAUCCCUGCAAUCUUCCUCCAACUACCGGCACGGCUUCAGCCCGACCGACCGCACCAAAAACGGCCACCACUCGCCGCCCAACUAUUCCACCUGUGCCAAACUGGCGACGGCCACCUCGGGCGGCAUCGUCGCGACCGUCUACUCCCCGGGAAACACCAUCCUGAACCGCGUCCCGCCCUCGGGCGGCAUGUGCGUCUCUCUUCCACCUCCCUCCCCGAGCCCGCAACCGCCAACGCCGCAACUUCCCAGUGCGUCUUCCUCGUCCGGAAUGUCCUCGUCGUCCUCCUCCGGCUCAAACACGUCGGAAACGCUGCUCCGCCAGCAGCAGCAGCAGGUCAACCUGGCGCCCUCUGGAGCUGGCGGCGCCACCACCAGCAGUCACUACGGCAAGAGCCAGAUGUGCCGGACGGAGGGCUGCAAGUUCUACGGCAGUAUCAACACCAACUUUUACUGCUCCAAGUGCUGCCAGGAGUACAACAUCUAGAGGCGCACAGACUCUCGCUGUAAAUAGACGACGACAAGGUAAGAGAGAGUUGUUAUUCUUCUACUUAUAAUUAUACAAUUGUACACACACAAACACACACUCACACUCACACGUAUAGGAUACAAACACGCAACACCUAACUUUAGUCAGAGCUAACUAUACUAUCUAUAACUGCGAGAAGAAAAGAGAGCGUCAAAUAAACCGAACGAGCUACCAAGCGUCCCCGUUGAAUAUACUCACACUAAGUUACAGCAUUCGAUGGAGACGCAUGGUUGGUCAACUCUGAAAAAAUCUCAACAGUUAAAAAAAAUCACCCAUUUGAUAGUUUUCUUUAAUUUAUAAAACAAUUCUAAACGGUGCCGCUAAAAACGAUUCAAAUUGAUACAGGACGUGUGAAAAAUUAAAGGUUAUGCAAGUAACUUAUGAAAGUUAUACCGUUAAUUUUUUAAUCGUUGAGUUGAGAGAUACAUUUGGAUCUUUCCUUCAAUAAGAAAGAAGGUUCUUUCCUCGGUUGUUGUUGUUGAUCGAGUUACAAACAAGUUAUGUGUUGAUGUUGUUUGGUUAAGGGAUAACGAUGUUGGUAUCGUGUGAAUUCAUUUCUAAGUGAAAUUUAACUGCUGAGAAAUGAAAAAUAUGUUUUAUAAAAUUUUAAGCUUUACGGUUUUUAUAGAUGAAAUUAUUGAAUAAAUUCUACAUUUAUUUUAUUCUUUGAAAAUAGCUAAUUACUUUUUCUUUCUUAAAGCAACUUUAGUUUCUCUUCAAGUUUUUUUUAUGUUCAAAGUGCUUAUUCGCUCGCAAAAAAGCAACAAAUUCAAAUCUCAACGGUUUUAUAAAUUUUGUUCAUCCAUAACUCCUAGCUAUGAUUUCGACAGUUUUUUAAUGUAGUUUUUGUCCUUAUUUCUAAUUUAUUUUAUAUUUGUUUUAGGUUUUCGCAUUCUUUCUUAUUUUCCAAUACUUUCAAAUCUAUGUCGUUUUUUUUUCCUUUAUCGGUUGGUCAGUGUUGUGGUUCACAGAUAAAUAGAACAUCAAUGUAGUUAUUUUCUUGCGGGGUUUGCCCUUUGAUCCUAGAAGCUGAUCUUUCAAAUAGUCUUCUAUAAAAAAAAUCCUCCUUCUUUUUUCCCCCUUUUCCAUUCUGUGGUGACCAAAUGGCCUACUUAUCAUCAACAAAAACAACAGUACUGAUAAUGUCUUUUCAGCAUUUGUAUCGAAAAGAAAUGCUUUUCAACACCGUUUUGUUUUCUGAGUUGACCUAACAUGCCAAACUUAACAAAAUGUACCGAACUUAAAACAUAAAAAAUACUGAUAUGAAUUUUAGGAGAAUAAUUCUAGAGUUUGUUUUUUUGAAAGGUCAAAUCAAAAAAAGAAAUGUUUUUUUUGCCUUUUAAGUGAUAUAAACACCCCUGACUCAAGGCUGUUUACAAGACACCUAAGAACAAAAUUAUUAAAUUUUGUUUAUCGGACCUUUUUUUUUUAAAAAAACUCCAGAAUUAUAUAACAUUUUUUGAAUUAAAUUUUGAAUAUUAUAUAUUCCAAAGCGGAGUAAUUCUUUAGAAUUUCGUAAGUUUCAAGAUUUUUAUUUUUUUUUUAUUUGAAUGAACUUUGUCCUUGCGUUGUCUGUGCAUUAUUUGUUUUAUCUGUGCAGAUUUCCGGAUUUGCAAAUUUUCUUAUCGAGUUGGUGUCUUCGACAAAGUUUUAUGUUAUAAUUAGGACUUUUCAGAAAAAACUGUUGUUUGAUGUUCUUCUUUAAUAAGGCCGUUUCAAAUAUUUUUAGAAGUUAAUGUCCCUCGACUCUGGGUUACACGUAUUUUGAAAGUUUUUUUUUGUUAAAUUUAUUGCAUUGGAUGUUAAUUUUUUGCGAUUUAAAAGUAACCUAGCGAAACAUAUUUUUGUAUGAAAAAACUUAUGUUGCAAAAUGGCUUCUUUUGACAUCGGGAAUGCAUGUACAAAUUUUUAUAUGUUGAUAUAACGUCAUGAUUCGAAUUCCCGGACGCUUCGAAACCCGGACACUUCAUCUUGUUUUAUCAAUUAUUUGGAUAUAAGUUCGCAUUAUGAAUGUCAAAACUGUGUUAUUUGACAUCAACUUUCAUUUAAAGUUUGUUUGAACGCUGUAGUUAAUGUCAAAACAAUAAAAUAAAAUAAAAUUAUAAGAUUACCAAAAAUGCGAAACAUUUCAAUUGAAAUAUUUCAUAGGCGUCCGAAGCAACGGGAAGGCAAAGCAAAAUUUAUGGGUUUGAUUUCCUUAAAUUCUAGCAAAUUUUUAUAUAAAAUAUUGAUUGUUUUGAUGUUAACAGCUUAUUUGAGCCCUAAAGAAUGCCAUUCACUAACAUUUCAGUCCAAAUUUGUGCGAUUCAUUAGCAAAAACGAGUGUCCGGAAUUCGAAGCAAAAGUGUCCGGAUUUCGAAUCGGCUUUUAUGAGUGUCCGGGAUUCGAAGCACAACAAGUCAUUUUAAUUUUCAAAUUCUGAUGAAAAAUUGUUAGAAAAGACAUAUUUUGCAUGCAUUCUCUUAAAACUGACUGUUAAUACUACAUCCUGAUGAUAUUUCUUUAUUUCCAACUUAUUACAUGAUUUUUUGUCAGCUAUAACGAAACUGAUAUGCUACUAAGUGUCCGGAUUUCGAAUCAUGACGUUAUUCAUUUGGGCAAACGUAGAGAAUAUCUCUAGAUAAACAAAAUUUUGAAUUUGUGCUUUCUUGGUGUUUUUAAAACCACCUUGAGUCAGGGGUAUUUAAAAACACCUCAAAUGCAAAAAAUAUUUACUACCCCAUCCGAAGGAAGGCGUGAUCAGACAAAUCUCGUCUCAAAAUACAAUAUAAAAAAUACACCACGGCUUAUUUUGUUUAUGUGACCCUUCAAAAAACCUCCUCCUUAGAAAGCAGGAAGAUUUCGAUGUUCCACUUUUUUAAGGGGAUAAGGGAAACUUUCAUGGUAACCUUGAGUAAGCUUCGCUAGGAAUAGGUCGUUUUUAUUUCUAUUUUGAAAACAAAAUUUCCUGUUAUGGAAUAACAUCCUAAACAGUUAUUGCAAUGUUGUUCAAUGAAUAUUUGUAUCACUUCUUUUCCCCCUCUUCAGCAUUAUUUAAUUUUAAAUUUGAAUUUUACUACUAUUCAUUAUUUGCUAAGAUUGUUUGUUCUAAAUCCCAUUCGCAAUUAUUUUUUUAAACCAAAGUAUUCUUAACAAAAAAACAGGCAGCUGUGCAUGUCGUCUAAACGGGGUUUCACCUGAAACCGGUUUCAUCUAUAGUUCUUCAAACCCGUUCCGGUAGUUCUUAACCAACCCCCUCCCCCUCCCUCUGCCCUUGAGCUUUAAGCAAAUCAAAUGUACAGAAACACGAAGAACGCUUCCACAGAAGCCGUUGUUGAGCUUCUUUCAAAACUAAUAAAUUCACUACACUCUCGUCUCGUAAAGGAGCUAUUACACUAUGGCAAACAAACAAAAAAAAAACUCGCAUUUUUUCGCGUUUGACAGUUUGCCAAACUCACAAACAAGAUAAAGUGUAUGCAAGCUGACGUUUCUGAAAACACAUGUUAGCGAACAAACAACGCAGGCAAUCUGCCAAACUGUCAACAUGUGCGAGUUUGUUUGCCGUAGUCUAAUACCUCCUUAAGAGGGGGGUGAGACUUAUUGAAAAACAUAUCGAAAAAAAAAAAACUGAAGAAAAGUUGAGUUAAUUACAAGGACGAAAUCGCUUCAAAAGCUGAGACGAGGAUCAAAACUCUGUAUACCAAAAAAGUGAAUAUAUAAAAAUCGCGAAAACCGUAAUGAAACCGAUGAGUAAGAGAAAACAUACAAUACAAUUUACCGUGUAUUUGGGGGCUGAAAGCUAACAUUAAUUUCGAAGAAAGUUAACGUCGGGCGCGGAAAGAGGGUUAUGAUUUUUAAGUGUGCCUUUUAGUUUUGAAUUUUUUUUUGCGACGAGCUUGUCGAGUGGAGAAAAAAACAAAAGUGAUUUUCGUUUCAAUUUCGAUCUUAUACACUUGAAAACGGAGUCUUUUUCGCAGCGAGCAAGUAUUAAGAAUGAAGAGCAAAAUGAUGGUACUUAACAUUAAAUUUUCAAAUUCACGUUGAUUGCUAGUCGCUCCCGGCUACAACCGUUGCAGCUGAAAGCCAAAAAAAAAAACGGUAAACCUGCAAACAAAAGUUAUGAUUUCACGACGCGAAACCCCAUUUUCAAAUAUAACAGCAAAUUACCGUUGAAACACAUAAAUAACCAUAAAAGUACACACACACAUUUGUUAUCCAGAGAAAGCCAACCAUAACAUACAGUUGAAACCUUUAAAACACACACACACAGGAUGGUAACAAUAUUUAAAGUUAAUAUUACAACUGGAAACUCAACCAACAAAUCACAACGCAACCUGCUAUAUAUUGAGAAUGGAUUACAAAAACUCGUAGAGAAAGAAACAUAUAGAAAGAAAGAGAGAGAGCUAAAAGUGGAAUAUUUUUCGAACUAGUUAUGAAACGUUACGCCGAAUGUAUUGAACUAAGGAGGAAAUACGAAAGUCGAAAUGAGAAGAAAAAAAACAAAGAAUUAAAACCGCGUAGAAUAGGCGAAACAGGUGAUAAGUGGAAACAAAUAACAUAACAGAAGAAACGAGAGAGAAAAAUAUAAUGCAGAGGAAACGUAAAUUAUACAUACUAUAUUUAUUGUAUUGAAGAAGAGUCGUGUGAAAUAAAAAAAAAACAAAGCGAGAUGACAAAAGAACUAGUGUGAUCACGGGAAACUAGGGUGAUCACGAGGAAAUAGGAGUGAAAAAAAGAAACACGAAACAAAAAAAAACAAACAUUUAAAACAAAACAGGUGAACCUUGUUAAGCUACCAAAUAAAAGAUUGCGCGACGAUGUGAUAUUGAUGAAACAGAAA